GUCAUCCGUGUAUGGGACUGUAACGCGAUCAUAGAGGUGCCAGAGCAAGCACGAAGUUCGAGUGACUAGCAUCGCAACGAUAACUGAGAUCACCGAUCGAUUAAACUGUCUCGUCUACUGCCAAACGCGGCUGAAUUGAACGUCUUCGAGCUCUUAAAUUCUCUUUCCAGAUGGCUCCGUGUACAAAAGGGGGCAUUUUCCUAAGCCUUUGUUUACUGGUAUUUGUUCAGUUUGGUGAAACUAUCGCAAAUAACAGCUCAGUAAAAUGUGGUGGUCGCAUUAUGCGGGCGAAUGGCUACAUCCUAUCCCCUCGCUAUCCUAACGCCUACCCCGCCAACCAAGACUGUACCUGGAUCAUUACCGCCUCCAGGGGAUACGAAAUCAGCUUCGCAUUUCUGGAUUUCCAGUUAGAGGGUCACCCGAAGUGUCUCAAUGACUGGGUGAAGAUUUACGACGGCUCAAGUGUUAUGGCGCCUAGGCUUGGCCAUUACUGCGGGAAUCAACUUCCGGUUCCGGUCAGGUCACGUGGCAGCUCCUUGUACAUCCACUUUAGCAGUGAUGACGUCACGGAGCUGAAGGGCUUUAAGGCCAUGUAUAACUCGUCACUAGUUUGUGGAGGCACCUACGAGGGCUUACACGGUAGUCUGACGUCACCUAACUACCCCAAUAACUACUACAUCAACUCAGAUUGCGUGUACAAGAUCGUCGCACUCGUCGGUUAUACCAUCAAGGCCACCUUCGUGGACUUUGCCCUUGAGCCGGCCAGCGGGAGACAACCUGUGGGUCGCUGUUUCGACUAUGUUCAAGUGUUUGAUGGGGACACAGUCAUGGCGCCCUCGCUGGGCAAGUUCUGCGGAUCGCUGGCUCGCUUUCACCUCGUAUCUACAGGCAACGUUAUGCUGGUGAGACUCAUAUCGGACCGGUCUGUCAACAGCAAGGGAUUCAAGCUCGCUUAUUCCGCGAUAGCUCCCCCAACCACUACACCUCCUCCGGCCACCACCGAAGCACCCUUGAAUUGCCUCUCAAACCAGUUUCGUUGCAACAACGGGAAGUGUAUCGACUAUCGGUGGCGCUGUGAUAAACAGGACGAUUGCAGCGACAUGUCAGAUGAGUUGUGGUGCCCCUGCAAACCGAAUCAGCUUCGCUGUGAUAACGGUCGGUGCGAGGACAAGCGGUGGUGGUGUGACGGCCAAGACGACUGCAACGAUGGGUCAGACGAGAAGAACUGCUCAGCAUCUGCAAACCCAACGCCAACAAACGCACAGGGUUGCAAACUGAACAACGGGGGUUGCGCCCACAUUUGCGCCGAGAGGACGGUUCGCGGUCACGUGAUCACCAAGUGUCAGUGUAGAGCUGGGUAUCAUUUGCAUUCGGACAACAAGCAGUGCAUAGAUGAUGACGAGUGUAGCAAUCCAAACAGGUGUGAUCACGUGUGCAUCAAUAACCCUGGAAGCUACGCAUGCGCGUGCAAUAAGGGCUUUUUCCUGAAGCUGGACGAGAGGUCGUGUGCAGAUCUUGACGAGUGCUUUCUGUUGAAUAAUGGUGGCUGCUCCCAGUUAUGCCUCAACACGCAGGGCAGCUACCGCUGUGCAUGUGAUUACGGGUACCGUUUGCUAUCAGAUGGCAAGACUUGCCAGGAUAUCGACGAGUGUGCGAUCAACAAGGGCGGCUGCAGUCACACGUGUCAAAACACUGCGGGGGGUUACCAGUGCCAGUGCCCGCGCGGUUACAUCAUGCAACAAGAUAAUAAAACAUGUGAAGAUAUCAACGAAUGCGAGACAAGCAACGGAGGGUGUGAGCACAGGUGUGUGAAUGACAAGGGCGGGUUCAGGUGCGAAUGCUACGCCGGCUACAUGCAGGAUGUGAUGAUGCCGUCACGAUGCAUGGAUAUCGAUGAGUGUAUGGAGGGAAUUCCAGAGUGCUUCAACUGCAUCAACUUGCGCGGCAGUUAUCGCUGCGAAUGUGGCCAGGGUUUCGUACCAAAUGCCAACCAAACUCACUGUUCAGAUGUAAACGAGUGCGAGGUUCAGAAUGGAGGUUGUGGUAAACACACGUGUAUCAAUACCUACGGCUCGUACAAAUGCCAGUGUCUGGACGGUUACCGACUAGACGCCAGAACCGAGCAGUGUGUCGAUAUAGACGAGUGCGCAAGGAACCAUGGGAAGGGUGACUGCGAACAUCUGUGCACAAACACCGUGGGCUCAUUUUCAUGCUCUUGUCAUCAAGGUUACCGCCUGAAGGGCAAGCAUCAGUGUGUAGACGUGGACGAAUGCAGUGAUAACAGUCUGAAUCGCUGUCAACAGACCUGUAACAAUAGCAUCGGCAGCUUCAAGUGCACAUGCAGGCCUGGUUACCACCUCGCAAUUGAUGGGUUUUCCUGCACCAAGGAGAAGGCCCCACCCGGCUGUGGUAUUGCGCUCGAGGCGGACUUGGCGAACUUGGCGGCUACCCCUGGCUGGCAGCCUGCGCAUGCCAACAGCUGGCCGUGGACUGCGCUCCUUCAUUUCGGGGGCUUCCUGGACAUUGAGGGGUGCAUGGGUACACUGGUGGACCAGGAAUGGAUCAUGACCACCGCCCAUUGUCUGCACGUCGGCGCCUACCAACUACAGCCACAGUUUAUCAAGGUCGAACUGGGAGUACACAAACGCGGACAAGGCAAAAGCUCUCCAAAACUCCUGGACGUCAAACGGGUUGAAGUUCACUCGAGUUUCAAAGCCGAUUUGGGCAAGCUGACUUCCAACAUUGCCCUCGUGCAGCUCGCCCACCCCCUCAACUUCACAGACGACAUCCACGCCAUCUGUCUUCCGACCAGAAAGGAGACGGAAGUACUGCGAGGUGGCUCAAGCGGUGUGGUGAUUGGCUGGGGGAAAACAACCAAUAAGACGGUGUACACAGAUCUACGUCAGGCGAACGUCACUCUUGUGCACAGGCAUCGGUGCUCUUGGGCGUUGCGUAACUAUGACGGCAACCGGUUGCUAUGCGCCGGGUUUCUCACCAGUGACGUCACGUGUAUCAGUGACAGCGGUUCGCCUCUCAUGUUUCCCGUUCCGCAUGCGCAAAACCCUAACGUCAAGCGGUGGAUACUUGGUGGUAUUCUCAGUUGGGGGUUGAACACGCUUACGCCCGGUUGCCAUAGUGAUUAUAGUCAUUCGGCGUAUGUUGAUAUCGGAAGCUACCUUAAGUGGAUCAGAUCUAUCGAGAAACCGAAGAAAGGAAACUAGAUAGCGACCUAUGACCUCUGUUCGUGACAACAGUGGAUAGCAAAUGGGCGCCAAGUCUGCUGUAGGGACAGGUUUCCUUUUGCAAGAGGUUGUAAACAUCGCCGCAAACUUUCAUUUAUAGAAAGCAUAUUUUCUCUCUUAAGAUGGCCAAGUGCUUACUCAGAGUGCUGUCUUAUAUAUCAUUCGAUUCACGAUGUUCAUACAAAUAGUCUGGUGCUCAGAACUGACGAAUACUGCGCAAAGCUGAUGCGCAGAAUAACUAGAUAGUAAUCUUGCAUCUAUUUUAGAGAAAGGCGGGAUAAUGCGCGCGCACGAUUUUAGGUUUCAUAUUUUGUGGCACUCCAAUUCUGGUGCGUUUCCCGCCAAUGUCCUCCGUAGCGGUACUGUGCAUAUUGAUCCAUUCUAAUUCUGCGCGCUAAUAGGGACUUGCGCUAAGGGAUCACAUGACCUUUUGAGGUGGCAAACCAAAAUGAUCACAGAAUUGACUGUGCCCGUCACCAAGAAAACGACGAAAAAAUAAUCUUUAAUUAAGCCAAACACUUUCUAGAAAACAAAUCUUGCUUUUUUUCGUAAGCGCCGGAUAAGUUGCUUUUUUUCUUGAUAUUUUGCCGCUAAAAUCCUAAGCGCACGUAGUUUGGCACCCAAACAGUCACGUGAUCUCUUAGCUCAAGUCCCCUAUUGAUGCUUUGUUUAUACUUGAUUCAUAAUUAUUAAUUCCUGAUAAAUAGAUAAAAACAGUCUAGAACACCGAACAAUAUCUGAUAAUAUCUUUAAAUGCAAUGAAUAUCGAACUUAUUUUUAAAUUAAGGCUUUACGAGCUUCUACAUCCUUUUGUAUUGUUCGAUAAGUUUACAAAUAAUAAAAUGAUUACAUUCA